GAAGUAAUUGAUACAUCUGGAGGAUGCGGUGCUAGCUUUACUAUUGAGGUAGUAUCGGAGAAGUUUGAAGGGAAGAGGUUGCUGGAGAGGCAUCGGGUGGUAAACACUGCUCUGGAAGAGGAGAUGAAACAGAUUCAUGCUCUCUCAAUAAAGAAAGCUCUGACACCAGAGCAGUGGAAACAACAGCAGGAGUCUGAAAAACCUAAACCUGCUGCUUAAACAUAGUCUUUCGAAGGUCAGGUAUAUGCUGUAGCUGAUAAGCUCGAAAGUGUUUGGAAUAGAAUUUGAUUGGGAAACUGUAUGAAAUUUCUUUUCUUCCAACCUCCUAAGUUACAGAUUGAAAACAUGUUGAUGCUUAUUGCUCUUGUUUUGUCACACAAAAUCAUGUUAAUUAUUUUAGGAGGUGUUGCAUAUUGCACCUUUGCUCA